UAGACCCUGGCAGGUGGGGCUUGAUUUGGUUGGUUUAAUUCUCCCUUCCUCAGUGCCCAGCUCUGCUGGGUGCCUAGCACUCCACUCAGGAAGCAAGUGCUUAAUUCUUUUGCAUUUAUUUAUCUGUAUAACUGCCGCGUGUCUAUACCCUAUGCCCCAGCCCUAGUAUGCAGGCUUUCUGAGGGUAUGUGUAGUUUUCUUUCCAUUAUUUUUUUUUCUCCAACCCUAAGGCAUGAUCUUACCUGUAGGGUAUCUUGCAUGCUCCUUGAAUCUGUUAAUUUCUGACUUCAGAGCUGAGAAAUAAAGUCCAGCUACUAAAUUUUUAAUUCAGCAAAUAUUUACUAAGUACUUGCCAUUUGCUCCACUGCAGGGAUAGAAAGAUGAGGAAGUUUCCCGGUCCUCAUGGAGUUUCCAGUCUUAGUUUAAAUCUAAUAUAAUCAGGAGAGAGCAGGACUCAGGGGUGCUUGUGAGCAUUUUCAGCUGCUUAAUAGGCCCUCUUUUGUCACCUUUUCCUGUAGCUGGGGUUUACUUCACGGGUAGUAGGUAGAAUUUAAGUACAUUCGGAGGAUCCCUCACUUCUCAUCCCCAAGGCAACCAAUGCUCCCUUGCUGAUUCCCAUUGACCAGAUAAAUUCAUUCCUGUUAGAUUUUAGAGACCUGAUGUCUUACUUAACAAUUUAAAAAUUAAGUCUCUCCGGGCCUCAACUGCAUCUCUACAAAAUAAAAAGAACACUUUCCUUAAGGAGGGAAAGUCCGUUCCAGCUCUAAGAGCCAGGAUUCCCAGACCAGUGUAAAUGUUGAAUUAAAGUCCAUUGGGUAUUUGCUUUUUUAGAUAGCAAAUUCAAAACAGGAUAUUUUGGGGAGAUGCAUUAGAACGCUCUAUGAUCUCCCCUCUCUGACUCUCUAUUAAAACAUUAGCUAGAGAAUCUUCUUCAGUCUUGUUACAUACACUGGGGUUGGUCAUGAUUUCACUUUGGACUCAGAGAUUUUCCAAAAGUAAUAACUUUGGAAGAAAUAGCCCUCAGGAAGACAGGAAUGGAUGCUGGGAUAGGGAUGGAGCUAAGGGAUGUCUGUGUCUUGUUAUUCCUUUUUCCCUACGUGCAAUAUGUCAAACUCCCAAGACAAUUGCCUGGGAGGCGGUGGUUUGCUGAAACAGGAAGUGGUGGGUUCCCCUGGUGAGCCAAUGGGGAAGGGUUCCAGCUCGUGUUGAAAUUUUGGAGAUUUUUGGUGUUGUGGUUUAGGCUGCCUGACCUUGGGGCCCUUCCCCCAACAUUGUUUCUGCUUCCUGGUAUAAUCCCAAGUACAGUCAUCAGUAACUUUCAGUGUUUAAGGCCUUGGGAGACAGAGCUGAAGCCAGAAGUUUCUCUCUGAAAACUGGUCCAUUUGGUGAGAAAGUUCUUAGGAGAAAGGUGCAUGGUGGGGAGAUGCCCAGAUUUUAGGAAAAUUGGUUCAAAUGUUUGCUCUGUUAGGACUGAGCUGUGUGACCCUCAGAAGUCCCCCCUAUCUGUGCAUCAAGAUUUCUUCUCUCUCCUUCUAAAAGCAGAAAGGACUGGGAUACUGCAAACACUGGAAAUGCAAAGCACGGCCAAUUACCUUUGGCACACGGACGAUCUCCUGGGCCAGGGUGCUACUGCCAGCGUGUACAGAGCUCGAAACAAGAAAUCUGGAGAACUUGUUGCUGUGAAAGUGUUCAACAAUGCCAGCUACCUACGCCCCCGAGAAGUGCGCAUGAGGGAGUUUGAAGUCCUGAGGAAGCUGAAACAUCAAAACAUCGUCAAGCUGUUCGCGGUAGAGGAGAUGGGCGGCGAUAAGGAGAAGGUGCUGGUGAUGGAAUACUGUUCCAGUGGUAGCCUGCUCAGUGUGCUGGAGAACCCGGAGAACACCUUUGGCUUAGCAGAGGCUGAGUUUCUGGUAGUCCUGAGCUGUGUGGUGGCCGGCAUGAACCACCUCCGAGAGAAUGGCAUCGUUCACAGGGACAUCAAGCCUGGGAACAUCAUGAGACUUUUAGGAGAAGAUGGACAGAGCAUCUAUAAGCUGACAGACUUUGGGGCUGCCAGGGAGCUUGAAGAUGAUGAAAAGUUUGUCUCUGUCUAUGGGACAGAAGAAUACCUGCACCCAGAUGUCUAUGAACGAGCAGUGCUCCGGAAACCUCAGCAGAAGGCCUUUGGGGUGACGGUGGAUCUGUGGAGCAUUGGGGUGACUCUGUACCACGCAGCCACAGGCAGCCUCCCUUUUGUCCCCUUUGGUGGGCCUCGACGCAACAAGGAGAUCAUGUUCAAGAUCACGACAGAAAAACCAACUGGGGCCAUUGCAGGAACCCAAAAACGAGAGAAUGGUCCCCUGGAGUGGAGUUACAAACUGCCUAUCACCUGCAGGCUAUCCUUGGGAUUGCAGGCCCAGCUGGUGCCUAUCCUUGCCAAUAUCCUGGAGGUGGAUCAAGAGAAGUGUUGGGGGUUUGACCAGUUCUUCGCUGAGACCAGUGACAUCCUUCAGCGGAUCGUGGUCCAUGUAUUUUCUCUGUCUCAAGCUGUCCUGCACCAUGUCUACAUUCAUGCCCACAACACGAUAGCCAUCUUCUUGGAGACUGUGUAUAAGCAGACCAGCGUGGAGCCCAGCCACCAGGGGUACCUCUUUGAAGGCCAUCCUUGCCUCCUGGAGCCCGGCCUUCCUGCCCAACAUCUGGCCCAUACCACGGAGCACAGCCCUUUGAUCCUGUUCAAUGAAAAUAAUGAAAAUCCCAUCGGCCUGGCCUUCAGAGACCCAUCCCUGGAUGUUCCCAAGUUUGUGCCCAAGGUGGACCUGCAGGCUGAUUACAACACAGCUAAGGGUGUGCUGAGCGUGGGGCACCAAGUGCUGCGAAUCUCCAGGACACUGCUGGACGGUCAGGAAAUGAUGCUUCGGGGGCUGCAUUGGGUGGUGGAAGAGCUCAAGACAACAUGUGGGCGGACCCUGGAGACCACUCAGUCAGCUCUCUUGUUCCUGAGCCCCAGUCUGGGCACUGAGGGCUUCACCUCCAUGACUGGGGAGGAGAUACCAGAACUGAAGGAGGCAGCAGACCUGAAGUCCAAGCUGCAGACUAUUAAUGAGAUCCUUUCCAGAUGUUCUCAAAAUAUUGUGGAGACUCAAACUAGUCUAACUAGCCUGUCCUCUGAGCUGGUGAAGAACUGGGAUCAGGUACAUGAAGACAGAAGCACCCAUCGCAUUCAAUGCUGCCUGGACAAGAUGAAUGUCAUCUACAAACAAUUCAAGAAAGCCAGGAUGAGACCAGGGUUGGGAUACAACGAGGAACAGAUCCACAAGCUGGAUAAGGUGAACUUUGGACAUUUAGCUAAAAGACUCCUUCUGGUUUUCCAAGAGGAUUGUGUGCAGAAGUAUCAGGCAGCUCUUCUCAUCCACAGCAAGAGGAUGAGGACAGUGCAUGAGACAAGGAAACAUCUCUACCUUGUCAGCAGCUCAGUAGCCACUUGUCAGAAAGAAGCACAAGAAGCCCAGGGGCAACUCAGCAAGGUACUGGAUCGGUUAUCUCGUCGGCUUUGGCAGGGCAGAAUGAAAGCUGCUCAGAGUUCUUCUCCUCCUUUUGCUGCUUAUUCCAGACCAGCACCAAAGGACCUGGUUCUUCACAUUCAAGAACUCCGAGAGGAAAUGAAGUUACUAGCCUUUGAUCUCCAAUACAAUAAUCAGAUCAUUGAGAGGUUAAGUACAGACCCCCCCACCCCUGGGUCUUUGAGAGCUGAGAGUGAUGUGGUGGAAUCCUGAACUUAAGAAACUGAGUUCGUCAACACCAUAGGGAACUGGACACAGGGCAAGGCUGGGCUCCAUAUUUGACCUCAUCCUAUUUCCCUUCAGGCCGUCAGGGGUCAGAAUUGCCUCUCACUAUUCUUUCCCAUGGGUUCAAUUACACUAAGGACCUACAACACCAGAGAUCUGUGAAACACGCUGGAUUUCCAUGUACUGAGAAGGUCCUGCUUAAGGCUGACCUCUGUGUUAUAAAAGUUUGGUCCAUGUAUAUCCCUGCCUUGUGCCCUUCAGCUCAUAUAGGGAUUGGGAAGAUAAGAUGGAGACACCCCUUCCUGGCCCCUUCAGAUUCAGAGGUUUGCUACCCUAGGAAGCUGGGAAGAAACCGCUAGAGAUUUUCUGUGGAUGCUGACCUAAGAUGCUGCCUUCCUUCCUCUGAACGUAUCUGAUGAGAGGCAAUACAUCAUUCUGUUCUGUCCCAUUUCUCCUUAAACCUGAUGUGUUCGGGUGGAAAGUUUCCUGGCUAUUCUUUGGCCUAAGUCCAGAUCGGUAGAGUCAGACUGUAAGAGGAAAUGUAAUCAUUCCUCUAGAGUGAGGACUGAAUACCUGGGCUGUUCCAUAUACUUCUUUCUGAGAUGCUUCAGAAGGGCCUGGACAAACCAACCAACCAAGAUCGCCCUGCCAGCUAGCAGGAACCCACAUAUUCCGAGUUUGAAAGUAAUGGAGAAGUGGACCUGAAGGCCGUCGGGAAAAGGACCUCAACCCCACUGAAUAAAAACAUGGCUAACUUUU